AUGUUGGAGAGUGGAGAAUACAACUUUGAAGAGGUUCCCGUAACGAAUCAUCAUUGUCGUCGCCGCCACCACCCAAAAAAGAAAGUGAUCGUCAAAGAUAUACCAAAAGGGUUUUUGCCAAUCAAGGUUGGGCAAGGUGAAGAGCAACAUAAAAUUAUGGUGCCCGUGAUGUACCUCAACCACCCACUUUUUUCUCAGCUACUUAAGGAGGCAGAGGAAGAGUAUGGUUUUGAUCAGCAAGGAACCAUAAUUAUCCCUUGUCAUGUGGAGGAGUUUAGGUACGUUCAAGAUCUCAUUAAUAGGGACAAAUCACCCCAACACCACCACCAUCACCAUGUCAUAAGCUGUUUCAGGCCCUCACGUCAACAAGAUCAAAUAUAG